AUGCCCGCGAGGGCAAGUCAGCAGCAGGUGUCUCCUCUGUGUCUCCUGCUGCUGAUGCUCCCAGCAAGCAGACAAACACACUCUGUUGAGUUUGUCUUUGUCUUGGAUGCUGUGGGGCCAGACAGGCCGCCCUGUGCAGAUAUGAAGGCCUGCCUAAUGCUGGCUGCGAGUUUGUUGGGUAUGGGGGGCCCCGGGAGCUGUCUGGGUGCUCUGCGUGCUGCGGGGCUGGCAGAGGGGAUGCAUGUGACAGUGGGGCUGCAUGCAUGCGCUGCUGAGCUGAGGGUUGCGUUGAUGGUGCCGGGGGGCAGCUUAAAACACUUCACCAUCGAGCUCAUGGGCAAAAUAUUCUUUGUCUACUUGCAGCUGCUGAAGCACCAAGUGUCUAUACAGGAGAACUGGCGAUAUGUGCUGCAGCAGUACGCAGCAGAGGAGACAGCAUUUGAGCUGCACGAGCGGCAAUCUGUCUCCUUUGCCCCUUCUCUAUCGGGUCUAUCAACAGCAGCAGCAUACGGAGACACUGUAUUGUCUCCUGCUGUCUCCUUGUCUCCUGCUGCACCUGAUGCCAUCAAGCAUCCUCAGCCUCUCCUGCCGCAACUGUCUCCUCUGCAGGAGACAGCAGCACUCGCUGAUGCCCUACAAACAGGGGCGGGGAGACAGGCAUUCAGAGACGGCUAUCUCCAUAACAAAGUCGACCCCAAUCACUUCGCUGCUUUCUUGGCCGCACUUACGCCCAGUCGCCUCGUCCUCGUUGUGGCUUCUCCCCUGGUGGGUCCCCUAUGCAACCGGCUGGCGUCGCUGCAGCGGCUGCCGUAUGCUGUGCUGCCGCUGGAGGAGCGGUGGCAGAGCAGCUGGAGAGGUGUCUCCUCGUUGCCUGCUGAGGAGACACUUCGUCUCGCGAGGGGACUGUCUCUGUCGAUGCCAGCUGAGAACCCCUUCUUACCCACACAACCAUGGGCGCGCACACACACAGAUGCUCCUGCUGCUGAGGCUGCUGCUGCAGCUGCUGCAGCAACUGCUGCUGCUGCUGCUGCAGCACCACCUGCAGCAGACAAUGCUACAGCACCCGAGACAGCAGCUGCUGCAGCUGAUGAUGCAGCAACAGCUGCAAAGGACAAUGCUCCAGCAGCCGAUGCAGCAGCAGCAGCAGCAGCAAGAGCAGCAGCAGCUGAUGCUACAGCACCAGCAGCAACAGCAGCAGCAGCAGCAGCAGCAGCAGCAGCAGACGCUGCGGGCCCACCAGCAGCAGCUCAGGGGGGGGCCCCCUCGCCCCCGCUGCAGGCUGUCUCCGCUCCUGCUGGGGGCCCCUGCAGCUCAGUGUGUGAAUUGUUUAUAGACCCACGCAACCCAAAGAGGGUCCCUAAAGCCGAAGCAACAUUUUGGUUAUACCCGGAGCUGCCUAUUCUCCACCCUGUCCCCAGCAGCAGAAACAACAGCAGCAGCAACAGCAGCAGCAGCAGCAGCAGCAGCAGCAGCAGCAGAAACAAAAGCAGCAAAAGCCGCAGAAGAGCGGAGAAGAGACGCAAUGAACGCAUCAAAGCACUCGUCGGCAUUUCUUUCUUUAUACACACCGUCAUGGAGAUGCUAUCAGAUCCACUGCGGACGGCAGCGCUCAGCAGUGGGACUGUCUCCGUUAGUGUAGAUAUGCAGGCAGCGGCAGCAAAGAUUCAUAUUCAAUCUCCUACAGAAGCAAUGCUGCGUUUGAUAUAUUUGGUGUUCGGUGGGUUACGGGCGGCGAGUAGGGGCAACAGGGAUGAGGCCCCCAGGGGCCCCCUGAGUGUCGAGGGUCCCCCGGGGGGGCCCCCGGGGGGGCCCCCGGGGGGGCCCCGGGGGGGCCCCCCUGCUCUCCCCCCAGAGCUUGUGCGUUUCUUUGAAUGCAGUGAGGCCGCGAACCAGCAAACCCCGUUUUGUACUGGGGAGCUGGACGUGCCUUUGUUUUUGUCGGUGAAGCAGAGGAUAUUGUUGCGUGUAUCUGCAGCAGAAAGCAGCAACUGGUUGGGGUGUAUAGCCACCGAGAUGAAAGGGAAACUCAGCUCCAGGGCCAGGGCCCCCAGGGCCCUUGUUGCUGAGAUUGCUGCUACUGUUGAUGCUGCUGAUGCAGAAAAAGCGGGGGCACUCUUAACACAGAAACUCUUUAUUCAAGCCCUCUUCGGGGGCGAUGUAUCUCCUGCGUUGGCGGGCCGGUGGGGAGAUGCAGCUGCCGCCUCUCUGGGGCUGACGGCGGACUCCGUGUUGCCUGCUUUGUCUCCUCUAAGCGACACGCAGCCCAUCCCUCUCGCCUUCCUCGCCGAAGCCCACCGCAGCUACAAACGCAGCCCAUCCCUCUCGCCUUCCUCGCCGAAGCCCACCGCAGCUACAACAGCAGCAUUUUUUUUUUUAUGA